CGCGAUUCUGGCGCCACCAAUGUCGAACCCGUUCAAAUCAUCCAUUUAGCCCAGAUAUUUGGCUACAAUGCUGGACUUUUUCAACGGUGGGGUUUCUCAUUUUGCUUCCUUUCACACUGCUGGCAGUCAAGUCGUUCGGGCUUUUAUUUUCUUGUUCUUACUUUUUACAUUGGAAGUACGCGAAUUCAACCAGAGAUGAAGUCAGGCUCGAUUUCCAAAGGAGAACUCUCUCCAUGCAAAGAAGGCUGGGAAAUACGGCGUGAGGAUUCUAUACAAGCACACUACAAACGAUUGUCGCCGCCGAGCUCUCCAGAAAGAUCACACCCAAGACACGCACGAUCGAACAGCAUCACAAAGCAGGCCAGUGCAACUAUUGCGACUGGGUCUAUGAAGAACAGUGGCUGCCAUACGCUGUUGGAAAACACUUUGAAUGUGAGAGAGUCCGGUGAUGGACGAAUGCAGUUAGAGGUCGAAAGGGACAACAGCAUUACGCCACUGCACAGUAUCAAUUCGUUACGAGCAGACGACACUUCCGAUACAACUAGGCUAGAUGAGUUUGUUCAUAUCGGAGAAUCAGGAAACACAGUCAGCGACACACAAUACAUCACAGGUCUCAAGCACCAAAUCUCCCAACUAUCGCGCGAACUCGCCAACCAGGCCUCGAAAUGCGAUACCACCUUCCAUGAGGCUCUAGAAAUCGAGAGAACAGUCUUCGAGCUCAACUGCAUGCUUCUCAGAAAGAAGCACAGGGUCGACAAGCUCCACGGACUUAUCCGACAAAAUGACGAUCGAUCGAGAAGGCUCACUGCAUCGAAUGAGAUACUCAAGUCUGGUCUGUUGAACUUUCAACAGCGGUUUGAUUCUACGAGGAAGAUUCCAGAAUGCUUUAGUGCAACUGUGGAAGGCUGUUGUUGACGUGUAUGCAAUGAGAAGGGGUUACAAUAGGAAUAGGUCAAACUGAAUGGCUCAGGAUGGACCGUUCGUCUUCACGAAAUAACACGAUUAAUGACGACGUCUUGGCUCUGGAAGUCUAAGUAGAAGGAUAUGAUAAAUUACUGGAUUAGAUUUGUAUAUAUGGUAUCAAAUAUGGUUUUACAAUUUCGGCGAACUCUAAUCCGACUCAUCAUCGCUGUCCUGUCCGAGAACUAGCUCACCGAAAUCAUCAUCACCGUCGGAUUCCUCUUCCGCAGCGUUUGAGACGCUAGGCUGUUGCUGAGUUGUUUGAAUUUGGGCGGGAGCUACAAGCGGAGCUUCUGUGACUCCGCCUGAACUGGCAGCGACAGUUACCGGAAUCAUGACAGGGAGAGGCGCGAUGAUCUCCUCUUCUGUCUCUAUCUUGAGUCGCUUUGUAGGCGAGGAAACACCG